AUGGCCGCUAUGGACUUCAGCAAAUACAAGCGGAUUGUGCAGCAGUACUUCUGGGACCCCGAGCCGACGAUUGAUGCUGCCUCACGGUCGCCGGUAUGGUGUCUUGGGAAGGAAUACAAAGUCACCCCCCCGAAACCUCAGGUCGAAGGCGCAACUGCCUGCACUCCCUCCUCACUCCCGGAUCUGAAGUCUGCUUCUGCAGAGUCGAGUCGUUCAGCGCAGCCUGCCACACCGCCAGACAGUACGGCAAGUAGCCUUGGCUCCGGAGUUCACGAGGACGAAGACGUCGGAGGGUGGCCGACGCCCUUCCUAGACGAUUUCGAAUCCAAGAUAUGGCUCACCUACCGCUCCCAGUUUCCCGCGAUUCCAAAAUCUCAAGAUCCCAAGGCCUUGUCUUCUAUGUCGUUGUCGGUGCGCUUGAGGAGCCAACUGGUAGACCAAGCAGGGUUCACGUCUGAUACCGGAUGGGGUUGCAUGAUCAGAUCGGGGCAGAGUCUCCUUGCGAAUGCGCUUGUCAUGCUGCGUAUGGGCAGAGACUGGCGUCGAGGCUCCUCGGCGAGUCAAGAAGAACGGAGCAUCAUAUCUUUGUUCGCAGACACCCCCACGGCCCCAUAUUCUAUCCAUAACUUCGUUGAGCAUGGAGCUGCUGCUUGCGGGAAGCACCCUGGAGAGUGGUUUGGACCUUCGGCCACAGCUCGUUGCAUUCAGGCUUUGGCGAAUGGUCACCAGUCACCCGAGCUGCGAGUCUACGUCACUGGUGAUGGGCUGGAGGUCUAUGAAGACUCGUUCAUGAAGAUCGCCAAACCCGAUGGUCAAGCCUUCAUACCCACUUUGAUAUUAGUCGGUACGAGGCUAGGUUUGGACAAAAUCACCCCCGUGUAUUGGGAAGCGCUCAAGUCAUCCCUACAAAUUCCGCAGUCUCUUGGAAUCGCUGGCGGUCAACCUUCCUCCUCACACUACUUCAUAGGCGUACAAGGACAUCAUUUCUUCUACUUGGAUCCUCACCAAACUCGCCCAGCGCUCCCAUUGCCAGAUAACAUUGAGGAUUAUUCUCAAGAAGACAUCGACUCAUGUCACACGAGGAGGUUACGUCGGAUCCAUAUUAAAGAAAUGGAUCCCAGUAUGCUGAUAGCCUUCCUGAUACGCGAUGAGGAUGACUGGAGGCGGUGGCGACAAUCUGUCCAAGAAGUCCAGGGUAAGGCUGUCAUCCACGUGGUAGACAAGGAGCCAUCUCUUCAGGGACCUGGCACUGAGCGAGAGGGGGCCAUUGAUGAGGUCGAGACUUUUGACGACGAAGAUGACGAGGAUUCCAUAUUGAAUGCUUAG